AAACCCAGAAAUCAUCAUCAUCUCAUCCCUCCCCCCCGCUAAAACAGCCCGACGGCAUCUGGUGCCCCCUCCGAGACAACAAUGUCCACCAACAUCGGAAGGGUAUGACGAACCCCCGUUCUGUAUCUCCUGAGAUCAGCGAGCUAACUGGGACGGUUUCUUCACUUAAAACAGACUUCCCUGGCCUACAGUCGGUCCUGGCACCUCGUCGAUAUGGGCCAUGACCAACGGUCCUUUGGCCGUAUCGCGACUUCAAUCGCUACGACACUCAUGGGGAAGCAUAAGCCAACCUAUGAUCCAAGUAGUCAGUCCCUGCAUUCCGGCUUCCCUUGGUUUAUGCUGACACUUGGGUUGUUUUAAUGCAGCGGAUUGCGGGGACUACGUGGUAGCAGUCGGGUGCGCCUAUCUUAAGACCACCGGCGAUAAGCGGAUGAAGAAGAAAUACUACUCGCAUUCAACAAGACCUGGUCAUUUGCAGGAGAUCACAAUGGACAGGAUGAUCAGGAAAUUCGGAGGUGCGGAGGUGCUGCGCAGGGCCGUCUCGGGCAUGCUUCCGAAGAACCGGCUAAGGGACGUUCGGCUGGCGAGACUAAGAGGUUUGGUUCCAGGAUACUGCGGUGAUGUUGCUCGGCCUGACUAAUUGUCUGUCUGGGCAGCCUUCGAGGGAUUCGGUCACCCAUAUAAGGAAAACUUGGUCAGGUUGGGUGGUAAACACCAUAUGAAGCCCCGGUCCGCAGCAGGAUAUCUAUCAAAAACGCCAGUACAGGACGCCAUCGAGGUGGAAGUGUCGAAACCCGGAGCCCCAGUAUCAUGAGACUUUGUAGAGCUGUAUAUAUAUAGAUUAGAUACAGAUACCGUCGCCCACGUGCCGAACACCUGCUUUAGAUUAAAUAAAAAAAACGGGGGCAAAGCACGAAGGAAACGGAAAUGGAAAAUCCCCAUAACCAUUACACACCGCUCAGGGGUGCCAAUCUGGGGUGAGAGGAUGAAGACUGAAAUACGCAGAUAGCGGGAGAGCGGUUUUAUCAAACAAGAAGUCUAGUGGCUGCUAUAUACAUCUAGAGCUUUGAGGUCUUGGUUCUAGAGACUGUGCAUUUGAUCAAACCAUUGGGACUGGAUUGAGGUGCGUACACCUCGGCAUCCUUACCGGUGUUCUUAAGCCCUUUAUGCCAUUCCAUAUCUAACAUUACAUCAGGUAAGUUCGACAAUCCACAAGUGACAACAAACCGCAUAUCUCGGGAAAUGGCUUACCGAUCUCAAAGUAGUGCUUGUUCGGCAAAGAAUAAUCAACUCUGCUCACCUCUGAAACGGCGGCAAGUAUCUCGUUGGCCAUUUUAUACAUGGUAGCCUGGACGCUCACGCUGUUAUCGUUUGCAAAUGUUUCAAGAGUGAUAUUUCGUGCAGAUUCCCAAGCCUUGUCGAAAAGUGGGAUAUUGCUCUUCACGUCAUUUAAUGUCCUGAACGGACGCCAUUCCCAGUUGGCAUCCACCUCGGUGCUCAAAAUACGAUCCCAGGUUUCAUCCAAAGAGGUGUAUUCAUCCCGAAUGAAGCUAUGGAAAGCCGAACCGGUACUUUUGAGAACCAGCAAUCCCUGAAUUCCCGACCUCACGAUAAUACCCGUUCCUCGUCUGCAUACAACUUCAGCGUUGCGAGUCUCUGCACCGUCCCGAAGGAAGGAGUGCGGGUGCGGCUUGCCGUCGAUUGUCAUACGCGUCCACCGGUGCGCGAUAACCUUUACAUGGGCAGCGUGAACAUGGGGAUAUUUUGCGGGAAAGUGAGAGGCCAGAAUCGAGGCAAAGAGCUCUGGUGGAGUUACUGGGUUCUGCUUGGCGAGCACUGAAAAUCUGGCAGUUAGUUAACCGAGGCUCUCAAGGGUAAGCUCGGAACAGGGAACUCACAGUAAACAGUGUUCUUCAUUGAGUCUGUAGCUACAAUGACGCUAUUGUCUGCAUCCGUGUACCUGGAGGCAUUGUGAGUGAACGCGAAGCUUCCGUGGGACUAGGAGGCUUACGACGGUUGAAUGUCUCCCUCCAAAAGUACACACACAGUCAUUUCGGUGACAGUAUGAGUUCCUCUAGCUUCAUCGCGGUGAACUUUGUAGAGACGAAUGUUAUCCU